GAUCAGACCGACGAGGUCUGUUAGAGCCCGAGUGGCAUUGGCUGCCCGACUCUCUCUCUCUCUCUCUCACACACACACACACACACACACACACUGUGCGGGCAGUAUGGUCGUAGACUGGACAGAAGCGGAGCGCCGCGCCGUCACAUAUGUGUGGGAGAAAAUCGAUAUUGACGUAAUCGGGCCUCAGGCUGUCGCCAGCGUCCUGAUCGUGUACCCCUGGACUCAGCGUUAUUUCGGUGCCUUUGGCAAUAUUUCCAGUGUAUCAGCUAUCCUGAGUAACCCCAAGGUGGCUGCUCAUGGAAAAGUUGUGUUGAACGCUUUGGGCUUAGCCGUGAAGAACAUGGACAACAUAAAGGCGACUUAUGCAAAACUGAGCGAGUUCCACUCAGAAAAAGUUAAUGUUGAUCCCGAUAAUUUCAGGCUCCUGGCCGACUGCAUCACCAUUGUCAUUGCAACCAAAUUAGGUUCUGAUUUCCCACCCGAUGUCCAGGCUGCAUGGCAUAAGUUUCUGGAUAUUGUUGUCUCUGCGCUGAGUAGGGAAUACCACUGAAAUGCACCUUUGCAAGCUGACACUUCCACCAGAAGCUGUGGAAAAAGGCUCCACGUCACAUCAGUACCAGUCCCAGUUUCAGGAGCAUGCGAUGCUUUUUGAAGCUGAAUUUCUUCCCGUGACAUCUUGGGACCGUUGAGGCUACUCUGUAUUGCCUCUCGAUGUCUUUCUCUGUGCUGUUGCUUCUGGAUUCACUUUGUAAUGCACUGAAUUUGCUGCAUUCAGAUUUUGUCUGUAGCUCUUGCUCAUAGGCUCAUUUUGUGUAAACUGUGCUACUGUACUUCAUUUUAUUAAUGUCAAAGUGUGAUUGCUGUCUUGUGCUCUUGAGAGUGCUAGUGAGCUGUAAAAUGUGGACUUUCUCCAUCACCUUGGACAAAUGCGUGUACAAAAUAAAUAGACUUAGAUGUUUUCUUUUACUGUUCCCUUAACAAAUACCCAGAAUCAGAAGUUCUUCUAACAAUAUUACAUUUGCAAAAAGCGUGUAAUUUGUUUAUCAUUCAUUAGCCAUUAAAGUGGAUGAAAUUAAAUCCCAUGCAUUUCGUUGCUGCUGUAUGAACACUCAGGGGCUUGUCAUUUUUAUACUUCGUUCUCUUUUUUUGAUAAUAAAUUCUGAUGUGCUGCCCCUUAAUUACAGACCACAUGGAUGUG